AUGGCCACUCAGGCUGCUCGACUGAAGGUUACGACGGCGAGCCUGAUUUUUCGAGGGAGGAGAAUCGGCGCAAGAGGGGCCUGCCUUGUUCUGACGAGGUAUUCUUCCUCUUCUUCGGCUGUUGCCCGUGCUGCAUUGGCUCUAUCCUGCUCGCCAUGGCCAUCGCCAUCGCCACACCUCUCCAAGGCUCGCCUGCUGUCGGCGGCGGCUACGGCGGGGGAGGCUCCAGCGGUGGUUGAAGAUGCAGAGGGGCCGCCUUCAACGCCCUCACCGGUGUUCCCCGUCGUCGUCUGGUCUCUCCUGCUGGGGGGGUUCUGCUGCCUGUUCCUCUGCUGGACAUGUGGCCCAGCGCAAGCCGCCGCCUCCGCCGCCGCCGACGACUCGAUCAGAGCCUCUGGAAUCGGCCUGAAGGUGGCGGCGGCGCUGAGGAGAUCUGGCUGGGCGGACGAGGCCGUCGUCUUCUUCCUCGCCACGUUACCAGUGAUCGAGCUCCGGGGGGCGAUCCCCGUCGGCUACUGGAUGCAACUCCCCCCCCUCAAGCUCACCGUCCUCUCCAUUUUAGGGUUCGCUUUCUCAUCCUCCCCGCUGGCGAUUUCCCCAUUCCUGGUUUCACUGACCGAUCUGGAGAUUCCUCCAGGAACAUGGUGCCUGUGCCGUUCAUCGUCCUCUACCUCAGGAGCUUCGCCUCGCUGCUCUCCGAGAGAAGCGGCCCCGCCCGCCGCCUGCUGGAGCUGCUCUUCGAGCGAGCCAGGGAGAAGGCGGCGCCGGUGGAGGAGUUCCAGUGGCUCGGCCUGAUGCUGUUCGUCGCCGUCCCCUUCCCGGGGACCGGAGCUUGGACCGGAGCCAUCAUCGCCGCCGUCCUGGGCAUGCCGUUCUGGUCCGCCGUCUCCGCCAACUUCCUCGGCGUCGUCUUCGCCGGCCUGCUGGUAAGCCUACUGGUAAACCUCGGCCUGAAACUAGCCCUUGCCACUGGCCUGGUUCUCUUCUUCAUCUCUACUGUCAUGUGGAGUGUCCUUCGGCGUCUGAAGAGGUCGAUCGACUCCAGAUGA